UUUGCACCAAAGUACCAAGUCGAACUCGCCAUCCACCGUGCACCUGGGUGAUUUGCAAUAUGUGGACAGCGUCGAUUUUAGUUUUCACUGCGUCCGUCCUUCAAUUCUGCAAGGCCGAGGGACAAAAUCUGACCAUCCCGGCCUACAUAAAACAAUGCAAAUCGGACGAUCCCAAACUCGUCAGCUGCCUGAACGAAACGCUGGUGCACUUAAAGCCGUACUUGGCAAAAGGUAUCCCUGAUAUUGAAUUGCCGUCUGUGGAGCCUUUCCUGAUGGAUGAACUGUCCCUUUCGCUGUCCACGGGACCCAAGGGCUACAAAAUCACCCUCAAGGACCUCCAAAUCUACGGCGCCACUAACUUCACUGUCCGCAAAAUGAAGCUUGGAUCCAAAAAUUCGCGUUUCGAGACCAAGCUGCGAAUCCCAAAGCUGCACAUUGACGCUCGCUACACCAGCUCCGGCGUGCUCUUCAUUCUGCCAGCUCUUGGCGGCGGCACCUUCAACGCUGACUUCUAUGACGUGCACGCCGAUGUAAGCGGAAUCGCAGAAAAGACAGUCAGCAACGCGACCGGCCAAGAUGAGACUUACCUCGCGGUGCGCGACCUCGGCGUCGAGCUCAACGUAAAAAAUGUGCACAUGAGCGUGAAGAAGGUGUUCAACAACAAUCGUAUUUUGACUGAAGGAACCAAUCUGUUCCUGCGAGAGAACGGUCACGAGGUCCUGAAACACAUGCAGCCGCAGUUGAAACGCAAGAUCUCGGCUCUGUUCUCCGAUGUGGCCAACAGGUUACUCACUCACGUGCCAAUCCGCGUUUUUCUCAUCCAGUAGUAAUUGUGUUCUAAAAAAAUCUGUGAUUCUGCUUUUCGCUCUCGCUAUUAAUACACUUUUCAUUUCAUUUUGUGGUGUUUUUUUGUCUGCGAAUGGUGUUUUUAUUUUUAGAUAUCAUCGACUUUUCCAUUAUCCCAUAAUGCUUGGUGUUGAAUAAUUUUAGAGCAUCAAGCUUUUGUCUUCAUCUGAGCUGCAUUGUUUUGUAAAUAAUACACAAAUAUACGUAACUCGCGUUGACUCAUCAUUACAGUUGUAGUUGAUUGAUCAAUAAAAUAUUGAUAACUGAUGCGAAGGUAA